AUGAACCAACGGGGUAUAGCGACAGCAGUGACGGCGGAGCCGCCGAGCGCGGACGCCGACGUCGAGGUGCUUCACAACUUCUACUGGACCUCGCUGAAGGAACCGCACGCGCAUCGGCGGAAAGAGAUCCUCCGCGCGCACCCGGAGGUGAAGAAGCUGAUGGGGCACGAGCCGCGCACAAAGUACCUCGUGGCGCUGGUGGUGGGGCUGCAGCUGUUGUCUGCGUACAUGCUGCGGGACACCGACCCGCUGAGCCUGAAGUUCCUUGCGUGGGCGUACGUGGUCGGCGCGACGGCCACGCAGAACCUGUACCUGGCGAUCCACGAGCUAUCGCACAACCUGGCCUUCAAGAAGCCAAAGCACAACCGUCUGUUCUCCAUCUUUGCAAACCUGCCGAUCGGGAUCCCGUUCGCGGCCUCUUUUGGCCCGUACCACCAGCUGCACCACAAGUUUCUCGGGGACGAGGUGUACGACACGGACGUGCCGACGGUGCUCGAGGCGGUCCUUUUGUCCAAUGUGCUCGGGAAGACAUUCUUUGCGACGUUCCAGAUCUUCUUCUAUGCCCUGCGCCCCAUGAUGGUCGUGCGCAUCCCGAUCACCGGUUUCCACGUACUGAACGUUGUUUGCCAGUUUGUAUUCGAUGUGAUCUGGAUCCGUCAGUUUGGCCUGAAUGGGUUCUUCUACUUUCUGCUCUCGUCGUUCUUGGCCGGCUCGCUGCACCCUUGCUCUGGGCACUUCAUCGCGGAGCACUACCUCUUCAGCAUUGAAGAGGCCAUCGUUGGCGGCAAGGUUGCGAUGAAGAGCGCCGCUGGCGAGGCCGAGCCCGUCUACGUGACUGAUGAGAGCGCCGUCAAGCGGCCCGAUGUCGAGUUCCGCAAGGAUUAUGCUUUGGAGACGUAUUCGUACUAUGGAAUCCUGAACGCUGUUACUUGGAACGUUGGACUGCACAAUGAGCACCACGACUUUCCGUUCAUCGCCUGGUCGAAGCUCUGGGAGCUGAAUCGCAUGUGCCCGGAGUUUUAUGAGACACUUCCAAAACACGAUUCGUGGGUCCGCGUUCUCUGGGAUUUCAUAUUCAAGUACGACGUUACUCUCUACAACCGUGUCAGGCGUGUAAAUAAGCAUUUGGAGUCAUAA